AUGCGCGAGGAGGACCGUCUUGGGCCAAUGGUGGGCUUAGUGUCUUGUCCUGCCUUUGGGGAUGGUUCGCCAAAUCUUCUCGUUUUCAAGUACUAUUUGCACGAGCAGUUCACCGAGGCACGCUGGGCCGAGAUGAACCUAUGGAUGCGUCUACCGGCCAACCGUCACAUUGUUCCCUUCGACAGAGUUGUCUCCGAUAAACUGGGCGAUGGAGAUGUCAUCGUUGGAUUUACCACCAAGUUUAUUCCCGGCGGGACCCUCGAGGAUAGGAAGCAGUUCAAGCUUAGUUGGUUGAGGCACCUUCUUUCUGUUGUUGACGAUUUGAAUCUCAAAUAUGGAAUUGUCCAUCAAGAUAUUGCUCCUAGGAAUCUUCUUGUGGAUUGUGAUACAGACGACCUUCUUCUUUUUGACUUCAACUACUCUGCACGCAUUAGGGAAGGCGAUGCGGGCCUGGCCCGGAACGAUGUCAAAGGUACAAUCUUCACAGUGUAUGAACUCAUCACACGCGAUUGUAGCUUUAGACAGAAGCCAUUUUGGGAGCAGAACUCAGUCGAUGUGGAGUCGACGAAGGAAUGGGCUAAACACCCAGAUAUUGAGCUUGACCAUCCUAUUUCGAUUUUCCGACAAACCUUGGACAGCUGGAUAAAGAAAAGACGGGAAGUGCAGCAAAUUACGAACUACAAAGAAGCCACAGAACACAUAGACUGGCCCAAGAUUCCCGAGCCACCCGUGCGAAGGUACGCCGCGAAAGAUGGUCAGGGAUCUGAGGUUGUAAGAACAGUACCCGGUUGGAGUACACAAGUCUGUUUUGCUCAGAAAAUGGGGUGGCCGUAUCUGACCUGGCAGAGACCGAGGGAGGGGAUCUUGGACAAAGAUUCAGUUCUCCUGGCAACAGGUACCGUCAUUCAAGGACCCGAGAUGGCACCUCCCUCACGAAGAUAG